AUGAAGUCUCUUAAUGUUUUCCUUUGUCUUAUGUUUUCUUGCUUAUUAUGUGUUCUUUCUGUAGCUGCAUCUUCCAGGCUUGCUGGAAAUGAAACGGAUCGCUUAGCCCUCCUCAGCAUCAAAGCACAAAUAACAUAUGAUCCUUUUGGUGUUAUCAAUUCUUGGAAUGAUUCCUUUCAUCAUUGUAGUUGGCAAGGCGUUACAUGUAGUUCCCGACAUGAAAGGGUGACUGUGCUGGAUUUAAGCUCCAAGCAGGUUGUAGGAACAUUAAUUCCUCAGAUAGGAAAUAUGAGUUUUCUUAGAGAAUUAAUUCUUCAAAAUAAUACCUUCAACAGUGAGAUACCACAUGAAAUCGGAAGGCUAUUCAGGUUGAAGAACUUAGUGCUUAAGGACAACUCAUUUACUGGUGAAAUGCCAGUGGAACUAUCAAAUUGCUCUAGGCUCAUGUAUCUUGAUUUGGAUGGUAAUUCACUGACCGGGAAAAUCCCCGUGGAGAUUGGUUUGUCUUUGAGAAACCUUCAGGUACUUUUUCUUAGAUCAAACAAUUUAACAGGUGAGCUACCAUAUUCUUUGGGUAAUCUUUCAUCCCUUGUGGCCUUAGCAGCAGUAGAGAAUAGAUUAGAAGGAAGUAUACCGUACUCGUUAGGCCAAUUGACUAACUUGAGCUAUAUAUCUCUUGGUGGUAACAUGCUUUCUGGUUCAAUUCCCCUUCCAAUCUUUAACUUAUCCUCUCUUUAUCAUCUUGCUGCACCAGUUAACCAACUUAAAGGAAGUCUUCCAACUAAUAUUGGAUCCACUCUUCCUAGUCUUCGCAUAGUUUUUCUAUUCUCAAACUUAUUGAGUGGGUUGCUUCCAAGUUCCAUUUCUAACUUAACAAAUCUUGAAAUUUUCUCACUAUCAAGAAACCAGUUGUCCGGGAAAAUCCCUUCUCUGGAAAAUCUCCGUAAUCUUCAGGGACUAGCUAUGCAUUUCAAUAAUCUUGGAACCGGGAGAGAAGAUGACAUGGAUUUCUUUUCUUCCUUGGUUAACAUUACAAGUUUUAAAGAACUGAGUUUGAGUGUGAAUAAUAUAGCAGGCCAGUUGCCUAAGAAUAUUGGCAACUUGUCAACCAAUUUCCGGUCUAUUGGUUUUGCUAGGAACAAACUAUUCGGACGAAUACCUGAUGGAUUUGUGGAUCUCAUCAACAUGGAAGUGGUAAGUUUGGAGUAUAACCAAUUGACUGAAGAAAUUCCUGUCAGUCUUGGCAAACUUCAAAAGCUCAAGUAUUUCUACGUUAACGGAAAUAAACUUUCAGGGGAAAUCCCUUCCUCCAUUGGAAACAUAACAUCCUUGUAUGGACUUAAUCUAGCUCAAAACAACUUAAAAGGGACUAUUCCUUCAGUUCUUGGAAAUUGUCAGUUGUUGCAAAUGUUGUAUCUUUCUCAAAACAGACUCAAUGGAACGAUACCAAAAGGGGUUCUUAGUAUCUCAUCCUUAGCGAUCCAGCUAGACCUGUCUGGAAACCAGUUAAGUGGAUCACUUCCCCUUGAAGUAGGAAGUUUAGUCAAUCUCGGGUAUCUUGAUAUCUCGGAGAACAAGUUAUCUGGAAAACUUCCAAGUACGUUAAGUAGUUGCAUCAAGUUGGAAAACCUCCAUAUUCAGGGAAACAUGUUUGAAGGUGUGAUCCCAUCAUCUUUAAGCUCUUUGAGAGGGAUGGAGUAUUUGGACUUCUCGCGUAAUAAUUUCUCUGGUCUUAUUCCAAAGUACUUUGAAACUUUCAUAUCAUUGAAAAGCUUAAACCUGUCAUUUAACAAUUUUGAGGGUGAAGUACCUCAAGAAGGAGUUUUCAGUAAUGCAAGUGCAGCAAUAAUCAGUGGAAACAGAAAUCUUUGUGGAGGUUCUUCCACGCUAAAACUACCACAAUGUAAGUUUCCAACGUCAAAGAAGGGAAGAUUGUCAUCAACCUUGAAGAUAAUUAUUUCUGUUGCUAGUGGAUUUUUUGGAGUAACACUUGUUCUGGUACUCCUAAUUUUGUGUUUCUCAAAGAGGAAACGUAGCCCUUCAUCCGAUUCAGCGGAUGAUUCGUUCUUGAAAAUCUCCUACGGGGAACUUCUGAAAGCAACCGAUGGAUUCUCCUCAGAUAAUUUAAUUGGUAAGGGUGGUUUUGGUUCUGUAUACAAGGGAAUUAUUGGUCCAGAUGAAAAAACUGUCGCGAUCAAAGUACUCGAUUUGCUGCAUAGAGGAGCUUUGAAGAGCUUCAUUGCAGAAUGUGAAGUCUUAAAGAACCUCAGACAUAGAAAUCUUGUCAAAUCUUUAUCAGAGAGUAAACAUCGCAAUGGAUAUUGCUUUCGCGCUAGAUUAUCUUCAUCAUGGAAGCCAAACACCAAUUGUUCAUUGUGA